AUGGAUAUUGGCGUAAUUGGUCUGGGCGUAAUGGGAGAGAACCUAAUUGAAAAUAUUCUGAGCAGGGGGUACACUGUAGGAAUAUACAACAGAACAGCACAUAAGACGCACACUUUCAUAAAAAGACUAGGGACAGAAGCAGCCCGUGGGUUUGAGAGUCUGCAUGAGAUGGUGAGUAGCCUAAAGAGUCCCCGAGUAAUUUUAAUUAUGGUGAAGGCCGGAGAGGCCAUCGACCAAUUUAUGAAGACCCUGCUAGAACAAAUUGAACCAAAGGAUGUGGUGAUUGAUGGAGGAAAUUCCAACUACCAUGACACAGUCAGAAGGUGCGCCCUCUAUGAAGGAAAGUGCCUGUUCAUAGGGUGCGGGAUAUCAGGAGGUGAAGAAGGCGCCAGAAAUGGGCCUUCUAUUAUGCCAGGAGGACAUGCAGAUGGAUGGCCAGUUGUCUCAGAGCUGCUGCAAAGUAUUUCUGCAAUUGGAGUAAACAACAAGCCGUGCUGCAACUGGAUUGGUGCAUCAGGAAGCGGGCAUCUUGUGAAAACAGUGCACAAUGGGAUAGAAUAUGCAGAAAUGCAAAUACUUUCUGACUUCUACCAGAUCUUCCGGGGAGAGUUGCAGCCUGACAAGAUUCGCAGUAUUUUCGAAAGCUGGAGAAGUGAAGGCUCUAAUGGAUUCCUGAUUGAUGCGGCUGUGGAUAUCUUGCAGAAGAAAGAGAAUGGCCAGCACAUAAUUGACUUAAUCGUCGAUAAGUCAGAGCAGAAGGGCACUGGGAAGUGGACAGCCAUUGAGUCAAUUAAUGAAAAUGUCUGUGCGCCUGUAAUUGUUGAGGCUGUGAAUGCAAGAAUUCUGUCGGGAAAGAAAAGUGAAAGGGUUCUUUCUUCUGGGAUUCUACCAAGUGGUGCUGAUGUAGCAGAGAGCAUACUGGAUGUGAUCACUAUAGAUGACAUGAGAAAGGGAUUUAUGCUUUGCCGAGCCAUCUCAUACAUCCAAGGCUUGAAUUUAAUUAAAACCAUUUCAGACCAAAACACCUGGAACAUCUCACUGAAGCUUCUGUGCGAAGUUUGGAGCAAUGGGUGCAUAAUUAGGAGUGACUUCCUAAAGACACUUUCAAGAAUCUCAGAGAGUGAAGUGCUUUUCUCUUCUGCAGAGUUCAUUGAGAUUGCAAGUGAAGGCAUUGCGCCUCUUAGGCAAAUAGUAGCACGUGCUGUGCAGAUGGGAAUAAGCAUUCCAUGCAUUACAUCAGCACUCAGCCACUAUGACGCCCUCAGAACAAAGGAAUCUUCUGGGAAUAUGAUCCAAGCACUGCGAGACUACUUUGGAGCACACACUUUGCAGCUCUCUGGGUCUUCUGAGUACAUGCACAUCACAUGGAAAUAA